GGCAUUUUUAUCAAAGCUGCAAAAUCCGUAAAGAAAAUAAAUCUUGGAAAUAUUGUAAAUUUGAGAAACUCUGCGAGACGUAGACGUAGACAUAGACAUAGACAUAGACAUAGACAUAGACAUAGACGUAGACGUAGACGUAGACGUAGA